AUGCAGUUACAGGCACAGAGCACAAGAACUGUUUAUGCAGAUGAUAUUGCUGCAAUGUUUUAUACGGAUAAUGAUAAUGAUGGACAAUUAACGAGCAAUAAUUGCCGAACAUGGGGACUUUCGCGGAAUUCCGUUUGGUGGGCAGCUGAUCCAACAAGCAGUGUGGCGUCUCAGCCAAUCAAUCUGGAUAGCGGUGGUGUUUUGAUAAAAAAAUUGAGUACUAAUGCCUUGGAAGAACUGAUUCAAGAUCAGAGUCAAAUUAUCGAUCAACAGAAAGCUCAUUUAGCCAGAUUGGAUCUUGCUGUCGACAAUGCCCAACAACGAGAAGUCCAUUCAUGGAAACAAGCAAAUGAAGAUAAUGGAGAUAAUGAGAGAGACUUUCUACAUCAAUCGUAUACAAAAUGA